UAUCUGGGCGUUGUGGGCAGAUUGGGGGCGGGUUCACGCCCAAUUGGGCGUGUUUUUGUCGUCGAACAAUUUUCGAGUUUCUUACGCAGUUUCAAACAAAAACCCCAGAAAUGCUGCCGGGCUGAUGGGUUGGGGCUAUCUUUGGGCUCAGCGGUUGGUGGCGUUUGGGCUACAGGAGGACGCCUUGUAAUCCUCUGGGGGCCGAGGCGGCAAAAUGGCGGCGGCUCAACAACAGCAGCAGCAGCAACAACAACAGCAGCAGCAGCCGCCGGGCCUGAGCCCCGAGCAGACGCGGGUGGUGUUGGCCGAGGUGAUCAAGGCCUUCGGCUGCCCGGAGAACGCGGCGCGGCUGGAGGAGGCGCGGGACAACGCGUGUAACGACAUGGGGAAGAUGCUGCAGUUCGUGCUGCCCGUGGCCACCCAGAUCCAGCAGGAGGUCAUCAAGGCGUACGGCUUCAGCAGCGACGGCGAGGGCGUGCUCAGGUUCGCCCGCAUCAUCAAGGCCUACGAGACCCAGGACCCCGAGAUCGCCGCCAUGUCCGGGAAGCUCAGGUCUCUCUUUCUGCCGCCCAUGACGGCGCCUCCCCACAGCUCGAGCAUCUCAGCCUCCUGACCCCACCCCCCAUCCCACCCGGUCCGGCCCUGCACUGGGAGAGGGACAAGGACCAGAGAGAGAGAGACAACCAAGGACCUGAGGAUAUUGAACACUGGCUGAACCUCUUUCUCCCCCCCCACCAGGGUCAGAUAAGCUCUGAAUUGACAUGAUCCACCCCAAUGCCUCUGGCCACCCGCUGCCUCCCCACCAUCUCCUCCUCCUCCUCCAACUCCAACUCCAAUUCCAUUGCCAACUUCAACGUCUUGCAUCUUCUGCCCGGCUUCUGCGCCUCGCCCUCACCCGCCAAGCUCUGCCCCGUUACUACACGUUGCAUUCCAAGCUGUUGGUUGGUUGGGGUGAUGGGCCGGGGGUGACCUUUUUGAGUGAGAUUGGGGCGGUUUUGUGGUCUGGUAGAAGUAGACAUGUGUUGUGUACGCCAGAAAUGCUGGAACCUGUAUAAAUAAACCUCUAUUUCAGAACUAA